ACACUCUUAGUUAGUGUAAUAAUUAUUGUUACCGUGGCUUGAUGGUAGGCAAUCCGAAAAAUAUUUAUGGUUAUUGAGAUUACUUGUAAAACGAUUACAAAGAAUUUAAAUUAUUUCUAAAUUCUAGUUGUUUGUUGGGCAUUUUAGUAAGUUAUUGUACGCAUAUGGACGAAAUCGAGGUAGUGCAAGAUAUUAAUGGAGUUGAACAAUUUGAUAUGCUUAAAGGAACGAAAAUGAAAAAAAAUAAGCAGCAUUUAACCAAACCUUUGGUAUACACAAUUAAAGAAAAACCGCCUUUUUGCCUUUCGUUAAUGUUGGCUAUUCAAAAUGUCGUAACUACAAUAGCUGGUGCACUUAUUGUAAUUAAUAUUUUGGCGCCCAAACUUUGUAUAUUACCUGAAGAUCCAGCUCAAGCAUACUUAUUGUCCACCACAAUAUUAAUGGCGGGUACAAGUACGCUAAUUCAAACUAUCUUGGGAAUUAGGCUCCCUAUUACACAAAAUAGUGGCUUUGUUUACAUGAUUUGUUCACUAUAUAUACUAGAUAUGCCAAAAUGGCAAUGUUCAAACGAAGGUGAUCUUUAUUCUAUGGGCCCAGAAGCUAGAACUUUAGAAUGGCAACUACGAAUUCGAGAUCUCCAGGGAACUAUCAUUAUUAUCAGUAUUAUUCAAAUGUUAUUAGGUUACAGUGGGAUUAUUGGAAAACUGAUGAAUUACAUUGGACCCUUGACGAUAGUACCUACUAUGUGCAUUGUAGCAUUGACUGUAGUUGAAAAAGGAGUCCAUUUAAUAUCUGGAAAUUGGACGACAUCAUUAGUAACGUUGUUUUUCCUGACAUUAUUUUCUCAGUACUUACGAGAUAUCACUAUUUCUAUCCCAAUCUUGUCUAAAGUAGAAGGUCUAGUUUACAAAAAACUGAAGAUAUUUUCGUUAUUCUCAGUAUUAUUUAGCGUAGGAAUUAUGUGGAUUGCUUGUAUUUACAUGACUUCUAAAAAUGAAUUGUCACCAACUGAUCCAGCCAAUACAGAAUCAAAAUAUGGAGUCUUUUACAAUGCACAAUUGUUUCGUAUACCUUACCCAUUUCAAUGGGGAUUACCUUUGUUUAAUUAUAAAUCAAUAAUUGCUAUGUUACCUGCACUUUUUGCCAGUAUCGUCGAGUCUAUUGGUACUUAUAAUACUUGUGCUAGAUUUGCUAAUACUUCAUUACCACCAUCAUCCGCUAUAAGUAGAGGAAUUGGUGUACAAGGUGUUAAUUCGAUUUUAGCUGGUCUAACUGGUAUGGGCACUGGGGUGAGUGCAUCGAGUGAAAAUGUUGGACACAACGGUAUUUCUCAAGUUUGUAGUAGAAUUAUUAUUCAAUAUGCAGCAAUGAUUUUAAUACUUAUUGCACCUUUUACACGAUUAAUAGCAUUUCUGAUAACGCUACCAGAUCCCGUUUUAGGUGCUUUGAUGUCUGUUUUACUUGCAAUGGUUGCAGCUGUUGGUUUGUCUAAUCUACAAUUCAUUAACCUUAAUUCAAUGAGAAAUUUAUACAUUUUAGGAAUAUCAAUGUUUUUUGGAUUGUUUACUAACUGCAUAUUUCAGGCUCUACCUAAAUAUAUUGUAUUACAUGACCAUCUAGUUUUAUCGAAGUAUGAUUUCCUUAACCAACCAUUAUUAGUGUUUAUGUCUUCUGGUAUGUUUAUCGGCGGUAUAAUUGGAUUUAUUUUAGAUAACACAAUUCCAGAUGAUAGUAUGAGUAAAUUUAAAACCAAUACGUAUUUCAUAAAUGAAGACGAAAAGCGGUAUAACGAUAUAAGUAACCUAGAAAAUGAAAAAAUGUAUGAUAUUUCUGAAAAACUAAUUGAAAGAAUAAAUAAUGUUUUGACUUUUUUUGUUUAAUAUACAUAACAUAAUAAUUAUUUUGUACAUUUUUCCGAACUGAUUAUGCUAAACAUAUUAAAUUUAAGUAUUAGCGACAAUCAUGACAUUCAUUAAUGAAAUUAAACAACAAAUAUUGGUUAAUAAUACAUAAUCAAGAUUAUAUUUUAAUUUAUUUAUAGUUAGUAUUUAUGUAUAUUUUAUUUUAUCGACAUUUCUAA